AAUUUUUGAAUUUUUAAGUCGGCGAAACGUCGUAACCAGAACAAAAGUCAGAAAAAAAAUCGUAAAAAAAGGAAGAUGAAUCGAGCUUCAAGUAGCCGGCAGUCUCUGCUGCCAAUGAGGGUAACUGACAAUGGCAGAAUGAGCCUAGCCACUCCACAGAGCAAGGGUCCAGGCUUUGGGAAGUUGAACAUAGCAAAACCUCAGUCUGGAACAAAGGAAAGAAGAACCAGCUUCUUUGGGAAAAGGGCAAGUGGUGCAGGAAUGUCUCGUAACAGCGCUUUUGGUGGUUUUGGAGGUGCUGAGAAAAUCAAAGAUCCACGUCCCCUCCAUGAUAAAUCCUUUGUCCAGCAGUGCAUAAGACAGCUGUGUGAGUAUCUUGGAGAGAAUGGUUUCCCUGGUCCAGUUACUGUAAAAUCACUGCAGUCUCCUACCUCCAAGGAGUUUCUGAAGAUCUUCUCCUUCAUAUACAGUUUCUUGGAUCCAACUUUCCAAAUGCCAACCUCAAAAAUUGAGGAAGAGAUUCCAAGAAUGCUUAAAGACCUGGGAUAUCCAUUUCCUAUUUCAAAAAGUUCAAUGUACUCUAUUGGAGCUCCUCACACUUGGCCACAAAUACUGGGAGCAUUGAUCUGGCUGAUAGACAGUGUGAAGCUCUUUGAUACCAUGAGGGGACAAGACUUACUGUUUCCAGAUUUCUCUGAUGGUGGGAUUGAAACAGAGGAUGGAAUUGAAUUUAAUAAGCUGUUUAUUUCUUACACCUCCAAGUGCUAUGAUCACUUUAUGCAAGGAGCUGACACCUUUGAAGAGGAAGAUGCAGAGUUCUUGCCUAAAUUGAAGGAUCUUUAUAAUGUCGAUGAAGCCCAUUUGGAAUCGCUGGAGGAAAAAUACAAAAUUCUGACUGAUGAGGUGGAAAGACUGGAAAAAGAGAGUCAACAAGACAGAUUAAUGACAAAAAAGUCAGAAAAACUUAAACUACAGACAGAUUUACAGAAGUUCCAAAGUUACCGCAGUAAUCUGGAGUCCUUCAAAAGCAACCUGGAGCAAAAAGUGACUGUAGUCUCAGAGGAGCUGGAUGCGGCAGGAUUGCAGAUUGAAGCUUUAAAACAAGAAAAUGGACGACUGCAACACAUCUUUGAAAACCAGAAAUUCUCUCAAGCUGAUAUAGAGAGAAUAAACCAUGAAAGAAAUGAACUGCAACAAACAAUUACCAACCUGAACAAAAGUCUUGCAGAAGCUGAGCACCAUAUGUGGAAUGAGGAAAUUACCCUUGCAAAGUCUAAAGAAGCUGUGGAAGCCGAACUAGCAAAGUAUCACACACUUGCCAGAAAACUUAAACUCAUCCCAGCAUCAGCUGAAAAUGCCUGUGGCCAUGACUUUGAAAUCAAAUUUACCAUGGAUUGUGGUCCAUCCAGAAUUGGUCAUUACAAAAAUCAAAUUCAUACUCCCCUGAUGAAUAUGAUCUCUCAAGUGGAAGCGGAGAUCAAUAAACUGCUCCUCCAAAAACUAAGUAUGGUGGAGACCUCUGAGCAGGUGAGUUCCAUGAUUGCUGACAAAGCAAACGACUUGAAGUUGGUGAAAGAGCAGCUACGAAAGUUGGACGAACAGCUGGAACAAGAACAGCAUGAGGCAGAGCGGGAGGAGCAGAAGUGGUCAACUGAACUGGAUUCCUUGGAGAGUCACAAGAAGCUUUUGGAGAAGAAAGUUACUGACGGUUAUGAUGAAGCUGUGGAACAGUUAAAAGCAACUCAGCAAGAGUAUCAUCUAGUUUUGCAGGAGACAAGCGAAAAGCGCCGAAUUGUGGCAAAUAACCUGAGCGGCGUCCUUGACAUCGUAACAAACCAUGUAUCGCUUGUGGAGAAAUUUCUGCAGGACCAUUACAAAAGGGUUGAAAGAGAUUACCAGGAGAUAAUUAAGGAAGACCCCCUUGAGCAACUGAGGGAAGUUGUGGACAAGUAUAUCCAAAAAGCAAACGCUAUAUAAAAAUGUUUCUUUUGUGCCUGAGAAGGAAUUCAGUACACAAAUAAAUAAGGCCUUCCUUAUGGAUUUCCAUUUUCAGUUUUUGUUUCUGUUGUUUAUUCUGAGUAUCUUUCACAUAUGUAAU